CUAGUGAUGACACCUUCAUGGUCACUGAAUAUUUUCCCACCUCUAGUUUGUAACCUUAAAAAUGUUUUGUUUACUUUUGCGCCAGUCGCGUAAUUCCUAUCAAUUAAUUACAAAGCAGGUUUUUAAAUCACCCGUUAACACAGUCAGCAAAGCACUGCACACCACAAGCUUUCUGCGUCAUGGCGAAUACGAAUGGCAAGAUCCCAAAUCGCCGGAUGAAAUUGUCAACAUAACGUACGUGGACAAGGAUGGCAAACGCACCACGGUCCAGGGCAAGGUGGGCGAUAAUGUGCUUUAUCUGGCCCAUCGACAUGGCAUUGAGAUGGAAGGUGCCUGUGAGGCGUCGUUAGCCUGCACCACGUGCCAUGUGUAUGUGCAGAACAAGUAUCUGGAUGUGCUCAACGAGGCGGACGAGAAGGAAGACGACCUGCUGGACAUGGCGCCGUUUCUGCGUGAGAAUUCCCGCCUCGGUUGCCAAAUAGUGCUCGAUAAGACAAUGGAAGGCAUGGAGCUGGAGCUGCCAAAGGCAACGCGCAAUUUCUAUGUGGACGGGCACAAGCCAAAGCCACACUAAUCAUUGUGCUGCGAUAAACAUCUAAUCAUUAUUACCUAUAUAUUGUUAAUUAAAUAAUAAAAGAAGAGAUGGUAUUUUA